GAAACAUUCCGAUUUAGCCGCACGUCUCUCAAGACGGCUAAACCCGAAUGAUUCUAGUUGUGCCGUAUUUUUGGAGAUAGUCUGUUGAGUUUUUAUGAAUGGCCAGCAAAUAUGGAUGGUAACUCGUGUUUGGAGUUUCUGCAAAAUUCACUUUUCGACGACCUAGAAGAACUUCCACUUAACCAAAGGAGAGAUAUGUGGUUCAUGCAAGAUGGAGCACUUCCUCAUUAUCCUCUGAUGGCACGAAACUAUCUAGAUCAGUAAUUUCCCCAUCGUUGGAUUGGCAGCGUCAGGAUUGGCAGCGUCAGGAACUAUGGCAGCAAAUAGUCAAUUCUGCUGAUUUUGUUGCCAACCAACCAAACAUAUUUUUUAAAGUUAGAAGAUGCUUUAGCGAAAGAAUUACUAAACUUAUUGAGGUUAAUGGUGGUCACAUUGAACAUUUGUUAAGUGUUUUUUAAAUUUUGUACGUAAUCUUGUAUUUUAUAAAUACGUAUUUUGACACGUAGUAUCUCCAGUUAAAAUAUUUCCCAUUAUUAAUGAAACAUCCUGUAUAUAGUCCUCCUGAUAUCAGGUUUCUCUCCGACACUGCCCUCUGUAUGCUGCGUAUUCAGGUAAACUUUGAUCUUCCUCGCUUCCUUUUUGUUGGUACCCACUGGAAAGCAAGUUUUGGCCACCUUGAGACAAUGCCAGAAUUAGCCAGAUUAGAUGUGUUUGUUGAGUGUCCUCUAUUAUUGUUUUGUCCAUUAUCAUUUCUGAUCUUUGCCAAUAAUCCAUCUCUAUCUAAUUGUCUGUUGAAGAUGCAUACAUUAAAUGUUGGUUAUAUUGCGGUAGAUCAAAGAUUGGUAUGGAUAAGAUGACACAAUUAGUGAUUGCGAGAAUGUGAAUCUGAGUACAUUUUAGUCGACCCUUUUCAGCGUUGAAGAAUAGUAAAGGAUAUUAAUAGGACAAAGUAGGAUGUGUUCGACGUAUUCAAAAUUAACAAAAAUAUGUUUUUUAUUUUAUUUAAAAAUUAAUAAAAACAAUAAUCUCUAAACUUAAGCUGAUAACGAGAAACUUAUUAAAAAAAAUAUUUUUUUAUAGUUUGCAAUUUUCUAAACGUAUUUAUUAUUGUCCAAAGUACAUUUAUAUUAAAACCGCUACGAUUUCAAAUUUAGCAUCAGCGAAUCUCUAAAUACGUCAAAACUGAUAAUGUUAUAACAAGAUGCAAAAUCUGCAAAAAUCGAAUUUGUAUAAAAGAGACUAAAACGUUAAAUCCCAUCAACUGAUUUAUUUCACAGUUCAAUCGAUCGAUAUGAAAGCGUUUUUAGCAUUAUCCCUUUUCGUUUUGGCGGUAAGCGCCCAUCACAUCCCAUUAGGAUCGGGAUCUUACAAUGCGUCCAAAUUAGCCAAAGAAGAAGGAUACCCAACCCAAACUUUAUAUGUUGAAACUCAAGAUGGUUACAAAUUGGAAAUAACUCGUAUCGCGGGGAGUAAAGAUGAAAGAGAAAGUGUUUUAGAUCAAUUAAAACAAUCUGGGAGAAUUGAAACCGAAAAACCAGUUGUUUUGCUUAUGCACGGUAUUUUUGGGGAUUCCUCCGAAUUUGUUAUCAAUUCUGAAAGUUCCAUCGCGUAUCUUUUGGCCGAUAGAGGAUUCGAUGUCUUUUUGGGUAACUUUAGAGGUGUUCGUAAUUCUGAUGAUCACCACAGUCGAUUGAAUGGACAUAAAGAUCGCGCUUUUUGGGAUUAUUGCUUUGAUGAUAUGGGCGUUAAAGAUCUCCCAUCAAUAAUCAAUAAAGUUCUUGGCGUUUCCGGACAACAAAAAUUGUAUUACAUCGGUUUUAAUCAAGCAAAUUCGGCCGUUUACGUUUUAUUGUCUCAAAAACCCGAAUAUAAUAAUAAAAUUGAAAAAAUCGUUGCUUUGGCCCCACUUGUUUACAUGGAAAAUUCUAAGAAUCCAAUGAUGCAAAUUAUUUCUGAAAAUUAUCAAUCAUCAGCUUGGGUUUCUAAAUGGUUGGGUUCGCACCAAUUCAUCCCAUCCGAUGAAUUUGUUUCACAAAUAACACAAAAAUGUUUAGACAAAAAAGGUGAUGAAAAUUUAUGUAGAAACAUUUAUUUCCUCAUGAAUGGAUUUGCUCGUAAUUACCCAGGAACGAUUGCUACUAAAUUUGCGCAAGCUUACCCAAGCAAAACUUCCACCCAAGAACUUCUUCACUACGCCCAAUUAAUCAAAACCAACAAAUUCGAGCCUUAUUACAAAAACGAAGACUCCGAAGAAUACGAUUUAACCAAAAUCAACGUCCCAGUUGUUUUGGUUUCUGUGCCACAAGACAUUUUAGCUGAUGAGCGCGAUGUUGAUACUUUGGAGAAACGAUUACCGAAGGUCGAAGAACACAUCAAGAUUAACGAUUACAAUUCUAACUUAGAUUUGAUUCUUAAUUCGAAUGCAAGAACUAACGUUUAUGAAAAAAUUGUAAAGAAAUUACGUAAAAAUCAAGAGUAAAUGUAAAGAAAUGUUUUCAAUUUUUGUUUUAUGAAUAAACAAAAUGUUAUUAACACGUGA